CCUUUCUAGCCAAUGGAACAGAAGCAGGGGCCUAGGGGCGUGUCCACCGAUGCAAGGGCGCGCAGCGCCUGUCUUACGUCUUCUGUGCGUCAUCAGUCUGCGCUGAACGCACGUUUAGCCCGCUUUGCGCAGUGGAGAGGUUACCUUGUCACAACAAUGAGCUGCGCCGCGGUGGCGGUGGCGGUUCACUCCCGGUGGCGGCUGCGCGCGGCCGUUCUGCGGCGCCUCUCAGCCUAUGGAAGAAGAAUCAGUGUCCGGUUUUACAGUUCAGGAAUGACCUUAGACAAUAUCAAUUGGGCAACUGUGGAUCGAAUAAUCCGGGUGGAUCACGCAGGUGAAUACGGAGCCAACCGAAUCUAUGCAGGACAGAUGGCCGUCCUGGGCCGGACCAGUGUGGGGCCAGUCAUUCAGAAAAUGUGGGAUCAAGAAAAAGACCACUUGAAAAAGUUCAACGAGUUAAUGGUCACAUUCAGGGUGCGGCCGACGGUUCUGAUGCCCUUUUGGAACGUGGUGGGGUUUGCACUGGGUGCGGGAACUGCCCUGCUUGGGAAGGAGGGAGCAAUGGCCUGCACUGUGGCUGUGGAAGAGUCCAUAGCACAUCACUAUAACAACCAGAUCAGGACAUUGAUGGAGAAGGAGCCUGAAAAAUAUGAGGAACUUCUUCAGGUGAUAAGGAAAUUUCGGGAUGAAGAGCUAGAGCACCAUGACAUAGGCCUUGAACAUGAUGCACAACUGGCUCCAGCAUACACUGUUUUGAAGAGUCUUAUCCAGGCCGGAUGCAGCAUGGCGAUAUAUUUAUCGGAAAGAUUUUAAAGUAUGUCCACUUCUCCCUGUUUAUAAAAGAUGACUGUGAUUAAACAUGUAGCACUGGCAGAAAAGGAAAUGUGCAAUUAUCAUUAUAUGAGUUUUGUUAAUAAACUGCAAGAGGUGUUUUUUUGUUAAUAAAA